CGACAAUAAGUUUACCAGGGAAUACCAGCUUCUAGCAGCGCAGCAGGAGAGUGUUUAUCGUUGGCCGGCGGCGAAGAACUGUCUCAACGCAGAUUAACGUGUUCGACUAGUAAUCUGGUAUAAUCAUGGCUGAAGAGGAAAAUCAAACUGCGAUGAAGGAAGAACUGGGAGAAGUUAUUGCUCCGUUUGAUCCUACCAAAAAGAAGAAAAAGAAGAAGGUUACAAUUGUAGAUGCCGCAGAUGAUCCUGUUGAUAGCUUGGCUGAGAAAACUGAAAACUUGUCAGUUUCAGAGGGUCUUGAGACCACAUUUUCUGGUAAGAAGAAGAAGAAGAAGCAGGUACACACUGAUCUAUUGAAUGACGAUCAGGAAAAUGCAGGGGAAGAUAUGGAUGAUCACUUUGAAGAUGAUGAUGAAGCAGAAGGAAUUGUUCUCCAACAGCUCCCAUGGGAAGGAAGUGACAGGGAUUAUGAAUAUGAGGAGCUUUUGGGACGAGUAUUCAAUAUCCUUCGUGAGAAUAAUCCAGAACUUGCAGGGGAUAGACGCAGAACAGUGAUGAGGCCUCCUCAAGUUCUUCGUGAAGGAACAAAGAAAACUGUUUUUGUGAACUUCAUGGAUCUUUGCAAGACGAUGCAUAGGCAGCCAGAGCAUGUCAUGGCUUUCUUGUUGGCCGAAAUGGGGACAAGUGGAUCCCUUGAUGGGCAGCAACGUGUAGUUGUCAAGGGAAGAUUUGCUCCAAAGAAUUUUGAAGGGAUCCUGCGACGAUACGUCAAUGAGUAUGUGAUCUGUAACGGCUGCAAAAGUCCAGAUACCAUUCUUUCAAAGGAGAACCGGUUGUUUUUCCUCAGAUGUGAGAAGUGUGGUUCUGGAAGAUCAGUUGCCCCCAUCAAAGCUGGUUUUGUUGCACGUGUUGGACGUCGAAAGGCUGGUACCUAAGCCAACAUUUUUGUUUUCACAUUGUCUAGUGUUGCCUCUAUGUAACUUUGUGCUAUGUUGACCUUUAAAGUUUACACAACCUAGUUUUGAAGUUCAAGCAGACUCUUUAUUAUAGUUGAAAGACGUAUGAAUUUGGACUUACUUUCAUAUGAAAAUGAGAUUGUUGAGGGCCA